CCCCUUUUCUGUUUCUUCCUCCCUCUCCUCACGUUCAUUCACAGCUCAGAUGAUCAGACCAUCACACCUCUAUGCUCUCUCUCUCUCUGCUCUUUGUCUCUUUCUCUGUUACUCUCUCGUCCCGUCGUUCAUCAUUCAUCCUCACUCUCUCUCUUGCUCUCUCUCUCUCUCUCUCUCUGGAUCAUGCCUUCUCUCAGUUUUCUCUCCAUUUAUCUGAGCGCAGCCUCACUGAUCCUCCUGCUGACUGCUGGUGAGUCCUUACACUCUUCUGUGUGUGUGUGUGUGUGUGUGUUUGUGUGUGUGUGCGUGUGUGUGUGACAUGUUGUUCAUGUGCGUUCUGCAGCUGUUUAACUUCCUGUGCUCUGCGUGUGUGUGUGUGUUUUAUGGUGAAUUUAUUGAACAGUUUAACUGUAUGCUGACAUGUGUAACCACAUACACACACACACAUUUUUCUCCUGAGCUGAAAAAAAAACAAAACUUUUUCGUACUUCGGUCGAUUUGUUCGUAGAUCACUCACUCUUUUUUUUUCAUUCUUCAGAAAUUUUGUUGGAAAAAAAAGAAAAAAAGUUUAAGUGAACUGCAGAAAGUUUGAAAUGUUUGAGAAAAAACAAAACUUUGGUCUGACACUCAGAGGAAAGGAGAGGAAGGAAACCGAGGAGGAGAGGAGAGAAAAAGAAAGGAAAGGAAAAAGAAAGGUAGAGUAAAAAGGAGGGAAGGAAGAGCUAUUGUCAAAGACAGAGGGAGAGGAGUAAGAGAAAGGAAAGGAAACAAGGAACUCAGAAGAAGGAAAGGAAGAAUGAAUAGGACAGAAGGACACAGGAGGAAAGAGAGAGAGAAAACAGGACAGAAGGAAAGAAAAAAAAUAUUGUCAAAAAAAAGGAAAGUAAGGAGAUGUAAAAGAGGAACAAAAAGAAGAGACGACAACAGAAAAGUAAAAAAACUGGGAAAAAGAAUGAGAGAGGAGAAAGGAAAGAGAAAAGGAAGAACGAAAGAGAGAAAGGAGGAAGGGAGGAGGAGAUGAAGAAGGAAAGAGAGAAAGGAAGAAGGAAUGAGAGAAAGAAGGAAGGAAAGAGGAGAAUAAGAAGGAAAGAGAGAAAGGAGGAAGGAAAGAGGAGAGGAAGAAUGUAAGGGUGAAGGGACAGAGGAAAGAGGUGAGGAAGAAGGGAGGAAGGAAAGAGAUAAAGGAGGAAGGAAAGAGGAGAAUAAGAAGGAAAGAGAGAAAGGAAGAAGGAAUGAGAGAAAGAAGGAAGGAAAGAGGAGAAUAAGAAGGAAAGAGAGAAAGGAGGAAGGAAAGAGGAGAGGAAGAAUGUAAGGGUGAAGGGACAGAGGAAAGAGGUGAGGAAGAAGGGAGGAAGGAAAGAGAUAAAGGAGGAAGGAAAGAGGAAGGUGAAAGGAUAAAAAGUCACCGCUGAACAGACAAAAGGAGAGAAGGAGAGGAGAGGUGUGAGUUUGAUGAACAGCUGGUUUAUAUAAAAUUUCUGAGUAUCAUGUGACUCUGCCAACAAACACCCUCCCACUCUAACUCACCCUCUCGCUCUAACUCACCCCACACUCUUUCCUUCUUCUUCUUCUUCUCUCCUACCUUCUUACCUUCUCGUCCCCUCUCUCCUUAUCUCCUCUCCUUGUUUUCUUUACUUGUGCCCUUUUCUUUUUCACGAUCCUUCCCACACCUUUGAUUGAUGGCUGACCCUACACAGUGUGUGUGUGUGUGUGUGUGUGUGUGUGUGUGUGUGUGUGUGUGUGUGUGUGUGUGUGUGUGUCCCUCUUGGGUUGAAGAUAAAAUGUUUGAUUGACAGGCUCAUGAAGAUGACACACAUCCUGUUUAAGGACAAUUAACAUCCCGCCCACUCAGUUCCCAUCAGUGUGUGCGUGUGUGUGUGUGUGUGAGCAUGCUAACCAGCUUUAGCUUUAUUGCUAAUAUGUAACAGACAUGUGAGUCUGAGCGGUCAAAGGUCACGGAGGAACAUUGGCACACGUCUGAUUUUCCAGAUUACAGAGAGAUUAUCGCAGACUGACCUCAUUCAUAAAUGCGUGUGUGUGUGUGUGUGUGUGUGUGUGUGUGUGUGUGUGUGUGUGUGUGUAUGUGUGAGUGUGAGGACAGUAGUUCCUCCUGCUGGUUUCAUCAUACCAAGAACAGCAGCUGUUUCUGAACCUCCGUGUUUGUUUAUUUACCCUGAAAGACAUGACCGACGAAAAAGUCUUUGUCUGGAUCGACGCAGAUGUUGCUCCUAAACCUGGAGAUCUUGUUUCAAACUGAGGAUGCAGCAUCUAUGAUUUCCAGUUCUUCAGUUCUCCAGUUCUUUCACCUAAGGCGAAACGUCUCAAUUAAGUCCAGGUGUCCUUUCCAAAAGAGGGUUACCUGGGAUUUCCACCGCAUCCUGAACAGCGGUGAUUUUUGCCAUCCGCCAAUUCCUAACGGACCCAUUUGUGAGGUGAAUUUUGUGGCGGAUUACAAACAGCGGUAAUCACGAGAACUCAGAAGCACCCGCAGAUUCACGUGCAAUUGCACGAUAAUGAGUUAUCUCUAUAAAGACAGCCACAUAGACAUAUAAGCAGUAGAUUGUGUCCUUCCAGAGGAGGAAAUCUACUUCUAGACUUCUAGAAUCAGCAUCUCCUCAUCCAUGGUGUCAUCGGGGUGAAAUAACGUCUAAAAACCUUUCACUCGUUCGUCUCCGCCUGUUUGCAUGGUGUGAAAUACGAUCCUCCUGAAACACGGAGUGUUUUAUUUUGAAAAGAAGCCGGCUGUUUUAUUUUGUGUCUGUGCCCGACUUCCUUUCCAGCACGGGUUAAUCUGUGCUGAAUUUAUCCGCCAUGCUCCGGCGUCCGGAACAAAUAGAACUCUUGUGAUCAGCUGUGGAGUCCGGCGAUCCGCAGAGGAACGGAAAGAAGCCGGUGGAAAUUGACACGUUAACUUGAAUGGUUACGAUCAGCUAUGAUCGGAGGAUAUGACCUUUUCGUAGACUUUCAGGAUGCAGUGGAAAUUGGGGGUUAGAUUUAUGCUGUGUUCCAGUUGUACUUGGAAGUUGGGAACUUGGCGACAAUGUCAUAAUUCAAGAUGGCAGCACAGUGCAUCGACAGUAAAGAGUAACAGUAAAAGCUCUCGUAAUGUUUUAUUUCUUCGCACUUCUGUUUUAGUUUUGUCAAAUUAAAUAAGUGGUUUAUGUUUUACUGACCAACGUCUAACUGUGAACAUGGUGAUAUGGUGUUUGUGCGAGUAAAAUACUGUGUUGUGCGUUGUUUACAACUGGUAUCGCUAACAACAACUAACAACAACUAACAACAGCUAACAAUGGGUAACUGUAGGCAUCCAUCUUGGUUUUCCGAAUUGUUGACUGGAACGCCAUCAACUCAGGUUUAAUGUCAUUCCCAGCUCCAACAUCUGACUUCUUAAGGAACUAGAAUGCAGCUUUGGAUCCAUCAGCCCUCAAAACAGUUCUCCUCUUCUCCUCAGUCCACCUUAAAUGGAAUGGAGUCGAUGGUUUUUGAAGUGAUUCUGAGUCCAUGCUGUGAUUUCCACUCCAGAGUUCUGUCUUUUUUUAACGCUCUGUAGAUCAGGACCAGCCAGUCCUGGUUCUGGUCCUUGUCCCCCUUUAGUUCAGAGAUUUCUCCAGAUCUUGAACUCCCGGUUGUUUCCUCUCAUGCUGAGUAUUUUUCUGUCAAACUUCAGCUGAACUCCAGAGAGCGAGAGGGUGAGAGAGGGAGUUUUUCAGAGCGAUCGAGAGGAGCAGGAAAUAAUCAUCUGUCUGAUGUUUUCAGUUUUCGGGUGAAUCGUGACCUCUGCUGUAGACGGGAGUCUUCACUGACAGGUCCAGAUACUGUCUGACAUAAACCGCUCCAGUCUGGGUGAACUAAGCGCUCAGUUCUGCUCAUAUGAAUGGACAUUUGUAAACAGUCAGAGUAAACUGUAAUUAAAGGGACAUUCUGGCAUAAAUUAAUUUAGGCAUCUUUUUAAUCAGGCUUUUAAUUGACUAGUUUAACUCUUUUAAUCUCUUUUAUGCUCACUUUUAUUGUUUUACUAAUUAACACUUUUUAUUACCGUUCUAUUUUAUUCUUUAAUCUAUCAAUUUUAUUAUCAUUAUUUUUAGUCUAGCGUGUUUUACAGUGCACAGAAUCAUUUUAUCUUACAUUAUUUACUGGGUCUGUCUUAGCGAUUACAGUUUUAGUUUCUAUACUUUUAUGUCUUAUUUUAUUCUUUUAGUCCCUCAGUUUUUCCAGUGUUUCCUCCUGGGAGCUGCUUCACCGGGAGCGGGUUCUGGUCUGUUGGUGGGGGCGCCGUUCUGGGGACAGCUCUGGCCCGGGUGGAACCAGAGAGCUCUACACCUUGGUGCGGAGCCUCCUGUCUGCCUGGGCUGGUGGUCCCUGUGACGGCGCCCCCUGCAGCAGCAAUGGGCCGGCAUGCCUCCCGGUCGACGUGGCCCCCAAAGGUAGCGUCUUCCUCACCUCAGAUCUCAGUGCCCAGUCAUGUCUCCUCACCAUCAGCUGCUAACUGUGUAGGUGCGUAUGUAUGUGAAGUUGUGUGUGUGGAAAUGUAUGUCUAUGUUCACGGGUGUGUGUAUGGGUAUAAUUGUGCGGGUGGGAGGUUUGGGGUUUUCUUGGGGAUUUUAAUGUUUCAUUUUCUUUUUAUGCUUUGUAAGGCACUUUGUGUUACAACUUUGUAUGAAAAGUGCCAUAUAAAUAAAAUAAAGUUGAAAGUUGAAAGUAGGGUCAAACACACGGUAACACCGAGUUAGACCCCCCCCCUCCAGAAUGUUGCCAGAAUGAUGAAUGUUGCCGAUCGCUCGCUUAUCUAGUUAUACCAACUUUAGUAACGACCGCAGGAUAGAAAUACACAGCGGUCUGAGGAGCCAUAAACAAACCUCAACCAAUACACCACUCUAUAGCCACAAAUAAUGCUCAGAACAGCACCUAACUUCAUCAACAGGACAUACAGGGUCACAGCUGUAGUACUAGACACCAAACAUCUUUUUAACGUUGUAUUGUGUAGUUUAGAGUUGUGUAGUGUUGUGUAGUGUAGUCUAGUGUUGUGUAGUCUAGUGUUGUAAAGUGUUGUGUUGUGUAGUGUUGUGUUGUGUAGUGUUGUGUUGUGCAGUUUAGUGUUGUGUAGUCUAGUGUUGUGUAGUUUUGUGAAGUGUUGUGUUGUGUAGUCUAGUGUUGUAUAGUGUUGUGUAGUCUAGUGUUGUGUAGUCUAGUGUUGUAUAGUGUAGUGUUGUGUAAUGUAGUACAGUGUAGUCUAGUCUUGUGUAGUGUUGUGUUGUUUAGUGUUGUGUAGUGUUGAGUUGUGUAGUCUAGUGUUGUAAAGUGUUGUAUAGUGCUGUGUUGUGUAGUGUUGUGUUGUGCAGUUUAGUGUUGUGUAGUCUAGUGUUGUGUAGUUUUGUGAAGUGUUGUGUUGUGUAGUCAGGUGUUGUGUUGUGUUGUGUAGCGUUGUAUUGUGUUGUGUUGUGUAGUCAAGUGUUUUGUAGUGUUAUAUUUUGUAGUCUUGUGUAGUGUUGUGAUAUGAAGUCUAGUGCUGUCUUGUAUUGUGGUGUGUAGUCUAGUGUCAUAUUGUAUUGUGUAGUGUUGUGUGGUCUAGUGUUGUGUUGUGUAGUGUAGUCUAGUGUUGUGAAGUGUUAUGUAGUCUAGUGUUUUGUAGUGUUGUGUUGUGUAGUUUAGUGUUGUGUUGUGUAGUCUAGUGUUGUGUUAUGUUGUGUAGUCUAGUGUUGUGUUUUGUUGUGUUGUGUAGUGGUGUGUUGUGUUCUGUAGUGUUGUAUAGUGUCGUGUUAUGUAGUCUAGUGUUGUGAGGAGUUGGGUUGUUUAGUGUUGUGUUGUGUCAUGUAGUCUAGUGCUGUGUAGUGUAGUGUUGUAUACUGUUGUGUUGUGUAGUCUAGUGUUGUGAAUUGUUGUGUUGUGUAGUCUAGUGUUGUGUAGUCUAGUGUUGUAUAGUGUAGUGUUGUGUAAUGUAGUACAGUGUAGUCUAGUCUUGUGUAGUGUUGUGUUGUGUAGUGUUGUGUUGUGUAGUGUUGUGUUGUAAAGUGUUGUAUAGUGCUGUGUUGUGUAGUGUUGUGUUGUGUAGUGUUGUGUUGUGCAGUUUAGUGUUGUGUAGUCUAGUGUUGUGUAGUUUUGUGAAGUGUUGUGUUGUGUAGUCUGGUGUUGUGUUGUGUUGUGUAGCGUUGUAUUGUGUUGUGUUGUGUAGUCAAGUGUUUUGUAGUGUUAUAUUUUGUAGUCUUGUGUAGUGUUGUGAUAUGAAGUCUAGUGCUGUCUUGUAUUGUGGUGUGUAGUCUAGUGUCAUAUUGUAUUGUGUAGUGUUGUGUAGUCUAGUGUUGUGAAUUGUUGUGUUGUGUAGUCUAGUGUUGUGUAGUCUAGUGUUGUAUAGUGUUGUGUAGUCUAGUGUUGUGUAGUCUAGUGUUGUAUAGUGUAGUGUUGUGUAAUGUAGUACAGUGUAGUCUAGUCUUGUGUAGUGUUGUGUUGUUUAGUGUUGUGUUGUGUAGUCUAGUGUAGUCUUAGUGCUGGACCCCCCCUCCCCCCGGGUCCCCCCCUACCCCACCCCCGGUCCCCUCUGUUGUCACGGCUCUGUGAAAUCCCUUCUUCAGCUCGAUCAGACUUUAUGAGAGUUUUCCACUCAGACCAGGAUCCUGCUGGAUCCUGCUGGGAGCUGACGAGUUCAGAUCCCUGUCCAGACUUAAGCACUCUGGGAAAUUUAAGUCCUGCAGGGUCUCUGCAGCAUAAACACACAUUUUUGUGUGCUUUACCGUGUGUGUGUGUGUGUGUGUGUGUGUGUGUGUGUGUGUGUGUGUGUGUCCUCGUAAAUCCUCCUCCAAUCAGAGUCCUUCAAACUCUGGAGGUCGCUCAUAAAAAACUGUUUCCUGUUUCUGCGGUGAGAAGAGCUGCAGAUGUGAGCCAGGUUUAGUGAUGUGGAUCCAGUUAGACCGGUUUAGUUUGUGGUUUUAUUAUCAUCUGUGUGUUUGAUUUAACCUCAUUAGAUAUACAUCAAAUUAAUUGAUUAAUUAAUUAAUCCGUUCAUAAGGGGCCAGGAGCAACUCUUAGAGAAAGAGACUGAUGAUGAGAAACACAGACGCAACAUAAACACUCAACCUGCUGUCAAACACACACACACACACACUGAUAACACACACACACACACACACACAUGCACUCAUGAUGGAUGUGAAGGGAGGAGGAAAUAUAUCUUUAGAGUGUUUCCCAUCAGACUGUAACUCUGUGUGUGUUUGUGUGUGUGUGUGUGUGUGUGUGCGUGUGUGUGUGUUUGUGUACAUGUGUUUGUGUUGAUCUUGUCUUAUAAGAACUGAUCCCUGGUUGAGCUUUUAUUGUGAUUUUUAUUAUCAAACUAAAAAAGUCUCAAUGUAUUUACAGUAACAGUUUAAUCGGACUAAGCUCAUAAUUCGUUUUUUUUUCAUCGAAUCCGACUUCUCUCCUUGUCCUCGUAUACAUGCAGCUGAGAAAAUUAAAUUAUUGACGUGAACAUGUCCUCCUCCCCAAAACUAGGGGGCGAUAUGGGUCUUUUCAGCAGCGCUCCUUCCAACCCCAUACAACCGUCAACCACAACAACAGGUCCGUGCCAGACGUCAGAAGUGUCUACAGCUGCUGCUGGGCAUUUUGGAGUGAAAAGAUGGAGGAUCGUACAGCGUUGAUUUUGUCCUACAUGAUGGACGCGCUACUUUUUCUGCAGAUGAGACGCACACUACUCCUCUUAUCUGGGGUUUUUGUUCCGGGGGUUACAGAGGUGUGGCGCACGCACACAUGCAUUGUCCGAUCAUACUCCGACUACGCUGGUUACAUGGAAGAGAAUAUUGAAUUCCAAUGGCAUUAGCUGGAUGUCUUAAUCGGAGUUCUCGAACUCUGAUUAUAGUCGGACUAAGGUGUUUACAUGCACUUCAGUUGUUCAGUCUUAAUCAGAGUAAGGCGAUAAUUCGGUUUUCUCGAGUGUCAUGGAAACCUACAGAGUGAUACUCACAAAUCUGAUCGAAGUGUUUAAGACAUGAGCCGCAUGAUUUGGUUACCCGUGUUCCUGUGUACCUGUGUACCCGUGUACUCAUGUGUACACCCGUGUACCUUUGUACCUUUAUACCUGUUUACCCGUGUUCCUGUGUACCUGUGUUAGGACUGUUUUAUGGACAUUUUUUGCUCCUCCAAGUUUCAGUCGAUUGUGUUUUUGUCUCUUUAAAACCCCAUCACUUCAGACAACAACCUCAGUGUCCUGAACACACCCAGACACCCACCACCAUUUUCCAAGCAUACACACACACACACACACACACACUGGGCACACACAGAGUUUCUAUUGAAGGCAGAUGUAGAAGGAUGAGGGGCUGAUGGGAAAAAUGCGGAGGUGGAGGAUUUGGAUAUCAGACACUCCUGACUGAUCUCUCCAGGGACUCACUGCAGGAGUCAGCUGAUGAAAACAUGAAUCUUCUACAUUCCCUGAACUUUGAACACACUAAAGAGAUAAUUCUGAUUCUGAUGAGCUAACAUCCCACACCUGUGUGUGUGUGUUUGUGUGUUUUUAGUUUGUCAGGCCCAGUAUUAUGACUACACACCUGCUCCAGACUACGACGACGACUACAACGCCACCUUUGAGUACAGCCUCUUCAGUAAGUCACAGAUGACAGAGUGAGACCUGAUCAGGUUUUUAAUCAUUAUAACUAAAGAGAGGGAGGUUUUAGAGGGAACAGGCAAAUAAUUUGCUUUGUUGACUAUUUUUGUUUAUUCUUGUUGUUUGUUGUUUAUUUUUGUUGUUUGUUUUGUGUGUCAUUGUUUUAUUGUUGUGGCGGGGUGCCACUAACGCCGUCCUCAUCGCGGCUGGACGCCUGCUCUACCUCGCGGCUGGUCGCCCUCUCUCUCUCACUCGCGGCUGGUCGCCCUCUCUCGUGCCUUCUCUCCCUCUCGCGCUCCCUUGCCGCUGGACCGGGCGUGGGGAAUAGAGUGGCCACUCGCUACUGGAGUGACGGACGGGGGGGAGUUAAGAUGAACAUAAAUGACAAUAAUUUUCCUGGACUCUUGCGUCCCCGUGGCCGGUGUUAGAGGGUGCACACUCAAACACCUGCGCGGGUCUCGCUUACACUCACGCACAUAUGCUGUGUCCGAAUUGCCCGCUCGGAUACUACAUGCUACUGCUACAUGUACUGCUAGAUCCUACUCCUACAUACUAAACACGUUGGCCCAAUUCGGACACACUAGACGAGCGGUGGGGAAAGACGACCCCCGCAGGCAGAGAGUAGGUACUGCGCCCGUUUUUGAAUGGUAAUCGUGCAAGUGAUGGAUGCUGCUGUAUUAUAUUCCUGCACUGCUUUAGAAAUUCUCAAAGUAGCUUUUCCAUGACUUUUAGCCUUCAUUUACUCACGUGGUGAUCGUUUGUUCAAUGAGAUCUGCCUGAUUACUGCAGCUGUGCAGUUUGAUGAUGGAAUAAGUGAGCUUUACCUCCAUGAUGUCGCCACAUGUUUGCUCAUAAAAUGAUUACUUGGGCAAAUAUGACACCAUGACAUGACAAAGAGAUACAACCGCUUUACAACCAUUUUUUAGGACAGUGUGCGAAGUUACAUGAAACUUACAUCUGUACUGCUGCGGUCCUGCCUGCUGCUGCUGCUCCGCCAUGGUGCGCGCUGCUGUGGCCAGCCGGCGUUCGCGAUGCAUCUAAAUAGGCAGCAGUGGGUGGUGCUAGCAUCACAUGUGCUUCUACAACUUUUAAGAGGACGAAGAAGAAGUCUGCGGUGCAUUUUGGGUCAGUAGCAUGCCCGUAGGAUGCACCGAGACCAACCUACAAUGUGGGCGUGUCUAGUAUCUUAAGUAGUAUCUGAAGUAGCAUGCUACUCGCUCCGGUGGCCAAUUCGGACAUGCUAGAUACUACUUCGACUACUACUUGGCAAUUCGGACUCAGCAAUACACUCAUCUGCUGUCUCCGGUUCACGGACUGAACAGAGGCAGUUCCGGGUCACCUGUUAAAUAACAUUAGGUGACGUGCUUCCUCGGGUCAGGUGACCCAGGGAGAAACCAAAGUCAGUGAAUUAGUUGAUUAUAGUUAAAAUAUUGUGUUUGUGUUAAUAUUGGCUCAGCCAUAUGAAGGGUGUGAGUAACAGAACAAUUGGUUUGUAUUCUAUUGUGUGUUUGUAGAAAUAUACCAGUUGAUAUAACAGCUGAUGUCUAAAAAACCCCUAGAUUGUGCUGAUUGGUUUGUUCGGGGGAGGGGCCAAGGGGUAUUUGAGGGAGCUCAGCUCACUUGUUGGGGUGUGCCUCCUGGUUGAGCAGACAUAUGUUGGUCCUGGGGGGUAUUCCAUCAAAGUCGCUAAGAAAAUCGGGACUAUGGUGUAAUCUUGAAGCUUGAAUAAACGGCCACUCCAAACCUAGCCCCAACCCGUUCCAUCAAACGAGAUCAGCUGGCUCCACUUGACGCUAAUUCCAGCCUCACCUGUUAAGCCUCACACUGAGCGCCUCCCCGCGGAAUAUAAAAAGACCCAACAAGUCGAGUGCUGAAAGUGUUGCAAUGGCUCAGAAUGCCGCAAAACCACGGGCAGAGAUUUUCUCUGCUGCUGAGCAAAACCUCCUUAUGGAGUUAUAUGAUGAUUACCGUGAUAUAAUAACUAAAAAAGGUAACACCGCUCAAAUAAACAAAGCAAGAGAGGCAGCAUGGAAGACAAUUGCCGACAGGCUGAAUGCGUAAGUGAUGUUUCAUCCAUUCAUUAUUUCAGAUGAUAAUCCCAUCUCAAUGUUAAUGAUACAACCUGUUUGACAUAACAGAAUUGUAAUUUAGGCUGUAAAAUUAAAGAAAUUCACUACGAGACAAGUUGUAGGCUACAGAUAGUGAUUUAUUCAGAUUUAUAAUCUGAGUUGAAGUGGCUAUAAUCAAAUUGUUUUAUAUGCAAAACAUUUAUCACACAGUUGAUCAUGUAUUAUCUCAUUUACCUAAUUCCCCCUAUUCAGAGGAGCGCUGUUUAAAUGUUUGCAGGGGUUAAUUGAUUCUCUUGUUGCAUAAACAGGAGCUAAUUGCUUCAUUUUACCUUCAUGUCUGUGCAGUAGGAUGAGGAACUAACUAAAACUCACUCAGCAUUCACUGUGUCUUUUAUUAACCUCCUUUUACUGUCAAACAGAAGCAACCUCGGAGGCCAGAAACGCACCUGGCAACAGGUCAAAAUAAAAUAUAAAAACAUCCUUACAAAUGGUCAGUGAUACAAAAUAAUUGUAAUGUGAUGAAGAUAUUGAGGAACUCUUUAAGGGCAAUACAGACUGCUUUUACCUGUAAUAAAGUUUUUUUUUUUUGUUCAUUUAUUAAUUCAUAUCCAUGUCAUGUGAUCAUCUUGCAACCUAUGUAUGAUGUUUGGUGAUGUAAGAAAUAAUCCAACUGAUCUAAGUAGGCCUACCUCUCUGCAAACAGUUGCCUUACUUAGUCCCUCAGCAUCUCCAACACUAUACAGAAAUAUACCGCUGGCAAAGAACCGCAGUGCAAUACAUACAGAUUGCACAGGGGUCAGUGAUUGGCUGCGGUGAGUGACCUUCCUUAUGUGUGGCUCCAGCAAAGUGCAUAAAUACACUAUGCUCUGCCGGCUGAAUCGAUACCUCUCCCACAGGAAAGAAUCACUUUGUUCCAGUGGGUUAGUCCUCUCCUGGAAGACCCUCGGGGCUGGUGGUCGCCUGAAGAAGGCCCUUUGAAUUAUUUGUGCCCCUUCAUCAAUUGGCUCCUCAUACUCAAUGAAUGGACAUGCCAUGUUCUCUUAGUCUUUGUCUCUGCUGAAUGUGUGCCCCCCUACCUGUCUUGACUGCUCUGCUUAAUAGUCUACACCUUGCCAUCAUUGACUGUCAGGGGCAGUCGAUUGGAGGACAUUUUAGGUGACUGAUGUAGGCUUCCUCCAUGUGUUUUAAUCAUAAAUUUAUUCAUUGUUAUUUUUUUUAUUUUUUUUUUAUUCAUCUUUAUCUAUAAGGAUGCAAUCAAGAUAAACGAAAACGGAUUGAUUUUUAUUUUUUACAAAAUCAGAAUACUUACCAAAUGCACUUUUUGCUUAGUUUACAAAGUGGAUGGAAAGCACGUUUUGGUUUCACAAAUUAUUUUAUCAGUGCAUUGUGUAUGUAAAUGCAAAACAGACAUGUCUUUUGGACAUUUUUUGGACAUUAGUGGAGUUAAUCUUCACCUUAAUCCUGCUCCAGACCAGGUUUGGCCGGCAGCAUAAGUCACCAUGGUUACAAGGCUGGCAUUCGUGUUAACCACUUUGAUGGAACAGAAUUGAGGCUCAGGUUAAUGGAACAGAAAGUCAGAGCUUAGCUCCAAGUGUCCGGCUUAGCCAGAACCGUGUUUCCAUAGUUACCAAGUUGGAGCUAAUCUUAGCCACAUUGGUGAAACUCAACUCUCACUAAAAUAAGCAAGACUUGGCCAUUUAAGCCAGACUUUGAGCUAAGCGAGCUUGAUGGAAUACCCCCUUGGUUGUUGAAUUGCGGUUUGUAAAUAGUUUUCCCUCUGUCUUUUUGUAAAUAAGAGUUUUCACCUCUGGGUAUUUUUGGUUAUGGUGUUAAUAAAAGAAAAUCACCAUACUCGAGUUUCGACUGUGCCAUCAUCUUUUCCUCCACAACCGAAAAAGAAAUUUAAAGAAACUGAACCCCAACAAGUGUGUAUAGUGUUUGUCCUUGACUGUUGUUGUUUAUUUGUGUUUAUUGUUGUCUAUUGUUAUUUAUUUCUGUUGGUCGUUGUUUUUUGUUGUUUGUCAUUGUAUAUUGUUUAUUGUUGUUUAUUUUUGUUUUUCAUUGUUGUUGUUUUUGUUGUUCAUUUUUGUUUGUCUUUUGUUGUCUUGUUUAUAUUUGUUGUUUGUUUAUUGUUGUCAAUUUUUGUUUAUUGUUGUUUGUCGUUGUUGUUUAUUUUUGUUUGUUGUUGUUUUGUUGUUGUUUGUCAUUUGUUUUUGUUGUUUGUUGUUGUUUGUCAUUGUUUUAUUGUGUUCAUUGUUUGUUGUUGUCUGUUGUUGUUUGUCACUGCUGUUGUUUAUUUCUGUUUGUCGUUGUUUUUUUCCUUUGUUGUGUAUUGUUGUUUAUAGUUGUUUAUUGUUCAUUUUUGUUGUUUGUCGUCAUUGUUUGUUUGUCAUUUAUUGUUGAUGUUGUUUGUUGUUUAAAGUUGUUUAUUGUUGUUCAUUUCUGUUGUUUUAUUGUUGUUUUGUUGUCAGUUGUUUUUGUUGUUUAUUUUUCUUGUUUGUUGUUGUGUACUGUUUAUUGUUGUUUAUUUUUGUUUAUUGUUUUUUGUUGUUCAUUUUUGUCAUUUGUUGUCGUUGUUUGUUGUUUAUUUUUUGUUCAUUUCUGUCAUUUGUUGUUGUUGUUUGUUGUUGUUCAUUUUUUUCAUUUGUUGUUGUGUAUUGUUGUUUAUUGUUGGUUCAUUUUUGUCAUUUGCUGUCAUUGUUUGUUUGUCAGGUAACACCAGUAACGAGGACCUGGACAGACUUCGUGAACUGUACAUCGGUCCUGAUGACAGGGAGGAAGAGGAUGCAGGAGGAAGGCAGGAGGAAGAAGAAGUGCGUGUUACCGCGGCAACGACCAGAGGACCUUAUAGGAAGGGCGAAGUAGACGGGCAUGGAGCUGCAUCACUUCGUGUUUCCCCGGUAAGUAUCACCUGAUAAUCUGAGCGAAGAAAUCCUUAGGGCCGUUUCCUUUAACCAAAAUAAACUUAAAAUAAAUAAGAAGAUCGAUCAUUUAAACGUCAGGUUCAACAAAGCUCAGCUGUUGAUUAAACCGAAGAGUUUUAAUGUUCUCAUGAGUUCAGUAAACCUCAGACUCAAUUCAAAGUUUGACUUUUAAACCCGACCUGAACCAGAAACUACAGCAGAACCAGAACAAAGUUUAGUUUCAACAGAACCAACAGGAACCUGUUUGUCUAAAGAACCAGCAGACUGGUCUGUUCUUAUUUUUAGAGGACUGAUUAUGAUGACGAGACAAAACACAGCUGUGUGUGUGUGUGUGUGUGUCUGUCCAUCUGUUUCUCAUUAAUAUGAAGCUGAUCUCUGCCAGCAUCAACAAACUCAAACAGUCUUUAUGUCUUUAAAGCAAACUCUUUAAACUCUGCGGCGUGUCGCAAUCUGUGUGGGUGCAUCAAAAAUACAACUAACCCAACACUCGUGUGUGUGUGUGUGUGUGUGUGUGAGAGAGAGUGUGUGUGUGUGACAUAAAUGUGACAGUACACAGCUGGAGGACAGAACACAGACUCUGUUAAACUGGUUCUGAGAUUUCUGUGGUGGGCCGGUGCAGACAUGUGGACCAGAUGAUCAGACCUCAGAACUCUAAAUUUCUUGUGUGCGAAAAUCAAAUCCAGCAGAGGAGAAGGAGGAAGUCUGAGGAGGACACAAAGACUUCUUCAUGGAAACAUGUUGUUUAGAUUGAAGUUUGGGGAUUUUGAUUCUCCUGACUUUAGUUCAGACUGACGUGGAAACCACAACAGAUCCUGAUUGGUUCACUCAUGAAUGCAGAUUAUUGUGUAAACCGCAAACCGUCAUGAACCAGGAUAAACAACCUCUGCUGUUGAAAAAUGAACCAAACAUAAAUAAUAAUGCAUCAGAUUUCAUAUACUGCUUUUUGUCAGUGACCUCAAAGUGUUUUAUAUUGGAUCCAGCAUUCAUUCACUAACUCACUCACUCACUCACACUUUGGUAGUGGUAAACUACCUUAGUAGAUUACCACUAGACCUUAGUAGUCUGCUCUGGGACAGACUGACAGAAACAUGGCUGCCAGUUUGCGCCUACAGCCUCUCCGACCACUCAACACUCACACACCAGUGGAGGGCACACACUGGGAGCAAGGUGGGUUAAGUGUCUUACCCAAGGACACAACAGACAGACGGAUAGGGGGUAUCAUACCGCCAACCUUCCAGUUAUUGGCCGACCACUCUACCUCCUGAGCUGCUGCCACCCCAUGGAAACAUGGAAGUCACAAAACUGAAGUCCCCCAAAACCUCUCUGUCAUCUCUCUGUUCACCACAUCUUUAUUUAUACAAACGUUUAAAGACCCACAAAGGAAACAGUGCCGUAAGCUCCAAUUUUCACCGCAUCCUGAAUGGCGGCGAGUUUUGCCAUCUGCCAAUUCCUACCGGACCUGAUUGUGAGGUGAAUUUCGUGGCAGAUUAUGGACAGCAGGAAUCACGAGAGCUCACAAGAACCCGUGGAUUCACAUACAAGUGCGCUUUAACAAGUUGUCUCUAUAAAGACAGCCACAUAGACAUAUAAGCAGUAGAUUGUGUCCUUCCAGAGGAGGAAAUCUACUUCUAGACUUCUAGAAUCAGCAUCUGCUCAUCCAUCGUGCCAUCGGGGUGAAAUGACGUCUAAAAACCUUUCACUUGUUCGUCUCUGCCCGGUGUGAAAUACGAUCCCCCUGAAACACAGAGUGUUUUAUUUUGAAAAGAAGCCGGAUGUUUUAUUUUUGUGUGUGUGCCCGACUUCCUUUCCAGCAUGGGUCAAUCUGUGCUGAAUUUAUCUGGCAUGCUCUGGCGUCCAGACAAAAUCAAACUCUUGUGAUCAGCUGUGGAGUCCGGCGAAAUUGACACAUUAACCUAAAAGGUUACGAUCCGUUAAGAUCGGAGGAUAUGUUCAGGAUGUGGUAGAAAUUAGGGGUAACCUUGAUAAACUGGUCCCAGUUUCACGUAGGCCCGACCCUGACUUGGCUAACAGCCAGUCAUAAUCCUUUCUCACAGAUGUACUCUUGAAUAUUUCUAGAACUUUUGAGGACAGGCUGCCCCAGUGUUUUCGGGUUGGUUCCUUUCCUCCUUUCCAAAAACCUGAAAACGUCAGGGAGUUCUCGAGAGUUUAGCUCAUGUAUGAAAACCACUCUGGUUCUGGUUCAGGGGUCUGUGGGGGCCCAGGCCACCUUGGUCCCCCCUCUGUGAUCUCCCCUUAUAUAUUAAAAAAAUAACGACAUGCAGAUUUAUCCUUUUUAACUGAAUGAGUAAAUAUCGUCGUUUUCUGAUGAUGUAUUCACUGUCCGCAGGAAAUGUGGACGCUACUCUGGGGUCUGAUCAUCCUGAUGGGCUUGAACACACAGCAGCUACAACGCACACUGUGAGGCCGAUAUACACUUCACAGGUGAGACACACACACUUGACAAAGAAGCUGUAGAGGGGUCACCGCGAAUACUUCUGUGGUGGUGAGGAAGGCCCAGCAGCGUCUCCACUUCCUGAGAGUGCUCAGGAAAAAUAACCUGGAGGAGAAGUUGCUGGUGACCUUCUACAGAGGCACCAAAGAGAGCAUCCUGGCAUACUGCAUCACAGCUUGGUAUGUGGGGCGCUCUGCAGCCGACAGGAGAGCACUACAGAGGGUCAUCUGCACAGCCCAGAAGAUCACAGGCUGCCCUCUGCCCAGCCUGGAGGACAUUGCCAACUCUCGCUACCUGAGCAGAGCUGGCAACAUCAUCAAGGACUCCUACCACCCCGGAAACCACCUGUUUGACCUGUUACUGUCUGCAGUGACCUGUACCUCACACAAAACAAGGACCAACAGACUCAGGGAUAGCUAUCACUGCAGUCAACAACAACAAGUCCAGGUUCAACUGGACCUCACCUGUGCAAUUAUCGGGUUUCAUAUCAUUCAUAUUGUUCAUUCCUGUUUGAUUAUAUUUUAUAAUAUAUAUAUAUAUAUAUAUAUGUAUAUGAAAGUAUGAUCUUUUUUGUACAAUAAAUGUAAAUGUCAAUGUAUAUAUACACACACACACACACACACACACACACACACACACAUAUAUAUAUAUAUAUAUAUAUAUAUAUAUAUAUAUAUAUACACUACAGGCCAAAAGUUUGGAAGCAAGAUCAGAUUUGUACAAAAAAAAAACAUUAAACAUAAACAUGACUAUUGUACAAAGAGUAACCUAUCAGAAGACAUUUUGACUAUAAUUAUUAGGUAUUUGAGUUAUUGUUGCUUAUUUGCUUUCUUUAAAUUAACCUCCUCUGGCUUUAACAACAGCUUGGCAUAUACCAGGCAUUUGUUCCACAAGUUUUUUAAGGUAUGUUCCAGGGAUUGCAUUCCAAGCUUUCUUAAGUUCAUUAAAAAGAGACUGCUGAUUCGUGGGACGCAUUUUUCUGACCGAUCGAUCCAAUUCAUCCCACAUAAGCUCAAUUGAGAAAGGUCUGGUGACUAAGGGAGCCAAACCAUCUUUUGAAGAACACCUUCCUCUUCUUUUUUGUCUAGGUAACCCUGACAGAGCUCGGCAGAGUGCUUAGGGUCAUUGUCUUGCUGCAAAACAAACUUAUGAGCCACAAGUCUGAGUCCAGAUGGAGCAGCAUGGUGCUGGAGGAUGGAGUGGUACUGUUCCUUCUUCAUGAUACCCUUUACUUCAAACAAAUCUCCUACUCCAUCACCUGCAAAACAUCCCCAUACCAUGGAACUACCACCUCCAUGCUGAAUUGUGGGUGUAACACAUGGAGCUUUCAGACGUUCACCAGUUUGUCUGCGGACAUAGACUCUGCGUUUUGAACCAAACAGUUCAAACUUGUUUCUAGUCAUCAUAAGUCCAAUUUUUGUGAGCUUUUGCCCACUCAUAUCUCUUUUUCUUGUUCUGUGGACGAAGUAGUGUUUUUUUGCAGAUACACAACCCUUCAGACCAGCCUUUCUCAAACGUCAUUUCACGGUUGUCAGAGAUAUGGGUUCCUCCCUUAUUUGUGGUGCUGUCUUUUGCAGAUCUCUCUUACUGGUAACAAUGCUAUGUUUAUCCUCUGCUUUUGUAGUAACUCUCUUUUGUCCAGGUCUUUUUUCUCUCAUUAUAACUUCCAGGUUCGUCUAGUCUCUAGAUUUAUUCAGAUUUUUGUAUGCAGACUCUUAAAAGCCAAAAAGUUGAAGUGAAUAAUCCAACAGUGAUGUGUUUGUUUUUUUGCUUUUGCACUGAAGUUGUGACUCUUGCAAAUGUUUUCAAUCCUAAAACUAAGCCCUUAUUAUCUUUUGCUGACAUAUAUUUAGCAAUGGUAUGUUCAUAUUAAUGUAUAUCUAAAGGUAAAUGGAGUAAAAUGGUGCAUUUCCAUGAAAGCAACAUCUGAUCAUGGAGUAAAUACAUCCCAAAAUACAUAAAACUCAUGCUGGAUUUAAAAAAAAGCAUUGUGAACAAAAACUUGAAGUUACUCCCAACUGUUCGGCCUGUACUGUGUACAAUGGCAGUAAAGGCGAUUCUGAUUCUGAUUCUGAUUCAAUGAGAGUCAGUGAAGGUGUGUGGUGUUCCUCUGAGUCCAGCAGGGAGCAGCAGCCUCAGACUGACUCUAACACACGGCUUUUCUGUGUCUCUGUUUUCAGCUGAUUCUGGAUCACCAGGAGCCAGUCUGGGUCACUAGACCUGAGGUGGGGGAGGUCAAAGUCUGUUCUGUGACCUGUGACCUCUGCACCGCCAGCACAGGGAGGAGCCUGUUUCCUGGACGCAGGCUCUCAGGUGAACCUCAGCCAAUCACAAAGCUUCUUCAGCAGCACAGAGUUCUCGCACAUGGAGUCAAGUUUCACUUUUUCACUUUUUAUUGAAAUACCCCACCAGAAACAAAAAACAAAGAUCCUCUUUUGAUGACAGAGAUCCUGUAUUCAUGACAGAGAUCCUCUAUUUGUGACAGAUAUCCUCUGUUUAUGACAGUGAUCCUCUAUUCAUGUAUUCAUAACAAAGAUUUACUAAUCGUGACAGAAAUCCUCUAGUUAUGACAGAGAUUCUCUAUUCAUGACAGAGAUCCUCUUUUCCGACAGAGAUCCUCUAUUCAUGACAGAGAUCCUCUAUUCAUAUAUUCAUAACAAAGAUCCUCUAAUCCUGACAGAGAUUCUCUAAUUAUGACAGAAAUCCUCUAUUCGUGAAAGAGAUCCUCUAUUCACAACAUUAGACCCUGUAUUCAUGUAUUCAUAACAAAGAUCCUCUAGUCAUGACAGAGAUCCUCUAUUCAUGACAGAGAUUCUCUAUUCAUGACAGAGAUCCUGUAUUCAUGUAUUCACAACAAAGAUCCUCUGUUCCUAACAGAGAUCCUCUAUUCAUGGCAGAGAUCCUCUAUCCGUGACAGAGAUCCUCUAUCUAUAAUAUAGAUCCUGUAUUCAUGACAGAGAUCCUCUGUGCAUGACAUAGACCCUGUAUUCAUAUAUUCAUAACAAAGAUCCUCUAUUCAUGACAGAGAUCCUCUAUUCACGACAGAGAUCCUCUACUCAUGUAUACAUAACAAAGAUCUAUUAUUCAUGACAGAGAUGCUCUAUUCAUGACAGAGAUCCUCUAUUCAUGACAGAGAUCCUCUACUCAUGACAGAGAUCCUGUAUUCAUGUAUUCACAACAAAGAUCCUCUGUUCCUAACAGAGAUCCUCUAUUCAUGACAGAGAUCCUCUAUCCGUGACAGAGAUCCUCUAUCUAUAAUAGAGAUCCUGUAUUCAUGACAGAGAUACUCUAUUCAGAACAGAGAUCCUCUAUUUAUGUAUACAUAACAAAGAUCUAUUAUUCAUGACAGAGAUGCUCUAUUCACGACAGAGAUCCACUAUUCAUGACAGAGAUCCUCUACUCAUGACAGAGAUCUUGUCUGAGUGAUGAUUUCUUCAUUUAGAGCUCAGGUGUUCCUUCAUGACAAACCUCUGUUUCUUUAGAGUUUUGGUAAUCUUUAAAAGGAUCAAUAUCGAGAUCAAGUUGAUCUAAUCCAGUUUAUCUUUGAGAUUUAGGACUGAAGAGAUCUGGAUUAUCUGAUGCUGGAUGUAAAAAAGGAAUUAAUAAACUGGGAUCUGAGUUUGUCUAAAAUCUUGAACCGAAUUUUUUUUUUCUUUGGUCUUCCUUUGAAAAAAUAAACUUCGACAUUUACAGAUUUGACUUUGAUGGUUUUGUCUCAGAGAGGAGAAAUAGCGCCCCCUGCUGUCUCACUGCACUUUUUUUCUGACAUUCUGAUUUAUUUUCACUGCAAGAUAAAAAACAAACUGUGAAGACAGGAAGAAAAAGGGCUCUUAUUUUGAAAAAUCACUUCUCUCCCUGUCUUCUCCAUGGUUUUCUUUUUAUCCUCCACAUUUCAUUUUAAUCCUUGCAGCACUUUGUGAACAAACAGCACUUACAUGUUUGUCUUAGUUUGUUUAUUCUGUUUUAAAUAGUUCUUAUGUAUCAAAAUAAAAGCCCUCGGAGAAGGCAAUAUGGGACAGAUUUGCCCUGCAAAAGUAUAAGUCUGCUAAAAUGUCAUGUUUCUGUGCAGCUGUUUAUCAAAUAAAUCUGAAUAGGUUUGAAAAUGAAACCAGACGAAUGUUAAAGAAAAGAUGGAGAUGUUUUAAAAAGUCGACAGAAUUUUUUUUUUUUAUCAGGAUAAAAAUCAGAAAACAAAAGAACUUACAACAGAUUUUGAUGCUUUUCUUUAUAUUUCUUUUUCAAUAAAAGAAAAAAAAAAGAUUCUA